GAAGAAAAAAGUUGUACGUACGCGAUGAAAAGUCUUGGUAUUGUAAGAAGCUGUACAGUCGCUUUUUGCUGCAGUGCAAACUGAUGUGUGUUAUACAUACAAGAGGGUAAAGAGAAAGACUCUUGAACGACAUAAUAUUUGUCCGGCAAGUCCACAUCCCUUUUUCCUAUAGUUUCUUUCUUUUUUUAACCCCCGGAGUAGUAGCAGCUCUGGUGGUGCGUUCGAUACUAAUUCGGUUAAGGAUCACAACGCAUGGAAAGGGGACGAAAAACCUUCCGGUCGAUGAUUGUGUGCUGCUGUGUGUAGAAGUUUCACUCUAUUCAUCCCCCCUCUACUAUCUGGUUUUGCUGCUGCUGUGCUAUCUACUAGCACGAUUGAACGUUGCAAAAUUGAUGACCUUUGGCAGAGAGCUAAUAUUCUUUUGUGUCUCUCAAUAUUUCUUCCAAGACAAUCAUUUCGUUGUAUAAGAAAUGAGAAAGAGAUUUAAGAGAUAAACUCGAUUAAAAGUAGUAUACUCAAUUUGGUUUAUUUAUCUGUAAAAUGUUUUAUUAUUUUGUUGAGGAAUGGAUUGCGCAAUUUUUUCUGUAACUUCACCAAUCUGAAUAAGUGGCAACGUUGUCACGCAAGUGCAGACGUAAUAUAACCAUAAUAGUCACGACGAUUCGACGAAGGAUAUCCAAUCGUUCUUAAAAUGGCAUCCGGAAUGCGUCUUGCUUUUUCCGUCAUCAGGCCCGUCAACUUGGCCUGUGUCAGGUUCCAGAGCACAGCAGCUCAGACGAAAGUUUCUGAAACCAAACCCAAGUCAGCAGAGAAAGUUGCAUUUGACUGGCGUGAUCCCCUGAACUUGGAAUCUCAACUGACUGAAGAUGAGAGGAUGAUGCGGGACAGUUUCAAGACCUACUGCCAGGAAAAGCUCAUGCCUCGCAUCACAAUGGCCAACAGACAUGAAGUUUUCCAUCGAGAAAUCAUGCAAGAGAUGGGAGACCUUGGCGUCUUGGGGCCAACAAUUGAGGGAUAUGGCUGUGCUGGGGCCUCAUCUGUAGCUUAUGGCCUGUUGGCCAGGGAGGUGGAGCGAGUGGACUCGAGCUACCGUUCCGCUUUCAGUGUCCAGUCCUCAUUAGUCAUGUACCCCAUCGACGCCUUCGGAACCACAGAGCAAAAGGAGAAGUUUCUUCCCAAACUUGCCAAGGGAGAGAUGGUGGGCUGCUUCGGUUUGACCGAGCCCAAUCACGGCAGCGAUCCUGCCGGAAUGGAAACCAAAGCCAAACACGACGCCAAGGCGGGCGUUUACAUUCUCAACGGAAGCAAAACUUGGAUCACCAACAGCCCCAUCGCCGAUGUCGCCGUCGUCUGGGCCAAAUCGCUGGACGAGGGCAACAGGAUCCGAGGAUUCCUGGUCGAACGAGGCACCAAAGGAUUCACCACGCCUAAAAUCGAAGGCAAAUUCUCUCUUCGAGCUUCUACCACCGGCAUGAUCAUGUUGGAAGACGUCGUCAUACCCGAGUCGAACAUGCUACCCAAAGUUCACGGCCUAAAAGGUCCGUUCAGUUGCCUCAACAGCGCCCGUUACGGAAUCGCUUGGGGCACACUAGGAGCUGCCGAAUUCUGCCUGGCAGCCGCCCGUGACUACACUCUCCAGCGACAACAAUUCGGCCGUCCUCUGGCCGCUACUCAACUCAUCCAGAAGAAAAUGGCUGACGCCAUGACCGAAAUCGCGCUGGCCCUUCAGGGCUGCAUCCAAGUCGGCCGUCUCAAGGACAACGGACAAGUCACGCCCGACAUGAUUUCGCUAUUGAAGCGGAAUUCUUGCGGCAAGUCGCUGGACAUUGCCCGGGCCUGCCGAGAUAUGUUGGGUGGAAACGGAAUUUCGGACGAGUACCACAUCAUCCGACACGUCAUGAACUUGGAAGCCGUCAAUACCUACGAAGGCACUCACGAUAUUCACGCCCUUAUUCUAGGCCGUGCCAUUACUGGCCUUCAAGCUUUUAGCGGAUCGGGUUAAUAUUUUUUUCUCCCCCCAUUUUUUAAUUGUAAAAAUAACCAAACAAAAAUUUAAUAAUACGCUUUUUGGAAUCAAUUAUACAUGAAUCCGCACUUGGGCUUUUGUAUAGAGUGUAUUGGUGCGCGCACAUCGAGAUGAGAGAAAGAAAAAAUACAAAAGGAAAAGUGAGAAAAA